AUGGCAACCCCACCACCACCCCAUGCCUCCCAACCGGAUCACAUUCUCCCACCCCCCUUCACUCACACACCCCUCACAGUCCUAACACAAGGUGCGGAAGCCCUCGUCUACCGCACAACCUUCCUCACUCCCUCUACCCCUGUCGCCCUAAAAUAUCGUCCCCCGAAACCAUACCGCCACCCUGUCCUCGAUAAACGACUCACGAAAGCAAGAUUACUGGCGGAAGCCCGCGUGUUGGUGAAGUGUAGGAAGGAGGGUGUUAAGGUACCGGGUGUUCUUGGGGGAGAUGUCGAGAAUGGGUGGUUGGCGCUGGAGUGGGUGGAGGGGAGGACGGUGAGGGUGGUGCUUGAUGAGUGGGUGGAACGAGGAGGGGAGAAUGGGGAAGGGGAGAAUGGAGAAGGGGUAGGGGUUAAAGAGGGGGAAGAAGAGCUUUGGGAUUUAAUGAGGAGGGUUGGGAGGGCGGUGGCUAGGUUGCAUGAUAUUGGAGUUUGCCAUGGGGAUCUCACGACGACCGCCGACACCGUUUCUCCACAAUCAUCCCCCGCUUCACAACCCACUGGCCAUGAACUCGAUGGUGACAUCAUCAUCAUCGACUUCGGCCUCGCAACACAAACGGUCGGGGAAGAAGAACGUGCAGUUGAUUUGUACGUUCUGGAACGAGCGUUCGCGGCUACGCACCCUGCUGCCGAACCGUUGUUUAGAGAGGUGUUGAGGGUGUAUGGGGAGAGCUUUAAGGGGGCGAAGGUGGUGUUGAAGAGGUUGGAGGAUGUGAGGUUGAGGGGGAGGAAGAGGAGUAUGCUUGGGUGA